UUUGACUCGGAAGUGACGACAGGUGCCGCUGGCUUCACCUGAGUGAAAAUAAUUUAGGCAACACUAUUGCGUGUCAAACGAGUUAGCUAGGUACAUGGUGGUGAAAUAAUGUGUGUAACACUGGCAGAUAAUAUUAUCUAGACAAAUUACAAUCAGAACACCGUUAGCGAAGACGGUGAUUGCUAGAUAGUAGGAGAACCGAUCCAGAGCAAGUACCCUGUACUUGGCUCGCGUUAACGCAACAGCGCUGUGUGUAGGACUAGCUUUAGCUUGCUAGCUACUAUUUCUGAUGGCGAAAAACACUCUUUCGUCGCGAUUCAGGAAACUCGACAUAGAUGAAUUUGAUGAGAACAAAUUCGUUGAUGACCACGAUGAGGCUGUCGAUAAUCAGGGACCGGACGGCACGGAGAUAGAAAACCUCAUCAGGAUAGGAGACACGAUGACAGCUUUUCACCUUGCUCUGCGCAACCCUCCUCUCAACACUAAGAAUCCAGCAGUAAAGGAAAGGGCUCUGGCAAUAGUGCUGAGAGUGUUGACAUCAUUUAAGUCAAGUGAUAUUGAGCCAGCCGUCAAGUCUCUUGACAGAAGCGGGGUGGACCUGCUUAUGAAGUACAUAUAUAGAGGCUUCGAGAAGCCCUCCGACAAUAGCAGUGCCAUUCUCCUACAGUGGCACGAAAAGGCUUUCGCAGUUGGGGGCUUAGGGUCAAUCGUACGAGUUCUGACGGCCCGAAAGACCGUUUGAAGGGAGGGGCCUUAUCACGUGGAGUGUCUCGGAUGACCACUGGCAAGAGGAGUGACUGCCUUCUGUGGAAGGGAAAGUAGAUUAUCACAAUUUCUUACUGAAAAAACCCUUACACUACAUAAGUUAAAGACAAAACACAAAGGGAACAUUUAUUUUUAGUUUGAAAAUGUAUGGGAUAGCUGUAAUUUAGGAAAGGAUAUGUGUUCAUGUAUAGGAUUAUCAUUUUUCCCCAAUCACGAGUUAUUUGCUCGUUCUUUAUUGCAUUUCUGUUCUAAUACCAUUGAGAAGCAUCAGCAUGUUUCUUUGAGGGUGGGAAAAGGAAGGAAGGAAAAGAGACAUGGCCGGUCAGAGGAAGGGUGUACAUUAAAUGGUACUGUACCAUUAUACCUGUGUGUGUGUGUGACAUUCAGUGUGCUUGCGAGUGUAUGUCUGAUAUGUUAGUGUAGUAUUUCAUUUUUUUCUCAUUGUCAUUUUUGUACAGACAGAAGUACAUUUUAAUAUAAAGAGAUUGAGAUUCAAUUAAUUGGUAUGCAGGGUGGGGUAUAUUGAACAAUGGGGGAUUUUGUUGUGAAGUGCCUGCUGCAAUAAAACUGGAAACAAGUGUCCUUGUCA